GGUUCGUCCGUGCCUCUCGCAUAACCUUAAGAGCUUCAUUCAACCUUCCAGCUGCCAAUUGAACGUACGAGAGGCGUUUGGAAAUGUCCCAUAAACGCAAGUACCGCAAGGCUGCAUCCAAGACUAGUAACCUGGCAGCUUCGGCAGCGAUAAUCGCACCAGAUCUUUCUUUGUCUAUUCAAGCAUACGAGGCUACUGUCAUCCGCGGCCCCCAGUCUCUUUCAACAGCACUUUCCCUUGAGGUGCCAGAUCCUCCAACUUUGGGGGCUGAUGCAAACGACCCUCAAAUUGGUAGUGCUCUCUUACAAUGGGGUACUAGCACAAGAAACUUCCUACCCUUCAACUCGGAUCCUUCUUUCCCCGAAGCGUCAGACGAUAAAGCUACUUGGGUGGACAGAUAUGACGCUCGUCUUUUGCUUGAUGCCCUCCCGGGACAUGCAAGUUCGAAUGCCUCUCAACCAAGAUCUCUGUCUCCAACCGGAUGGUCAGACUUGCCGUCUGACACUGAGGAUACUUUUUUCUUUGCGCCACUCGAAAUUGAGGACUACCAGCGCGAGAAACGUAGGCGUCUUAUUGACCGAAACAGAGAGGAACGCCUAAGAGCUCUUGCUGCGACCGACGAAAGCGAACACUCAGAUCUUUGGGGAUGUAGCGAUGAGGAGGUAAGUGGUCAUCCACUAGCACUUGUAGUCGGAAUAACAUAUUAUUUUCUGUUCCAGCCCGAUGAUGCCCAAUCAGAGCUUAUGAAAAGAACAGCACUACACCUUAUGCGCAUUCUUGCAAACCACGGUGCAGAUAAAAGAUUUGCAUUCUUAAGGGGACGGUGGUCACGAGCGUGGCGCACAACCAAGGAGAAGCUCAGACAAGAAAAAGUCAACCAAUCAGUUCAAUCGCUGCGGGCCUCGCAGAAGGCAGGUCUGGGAGGACUCGCUGCGUAUGGAGAUAGUGACGAUGAAGGUAGCGAGGAAGGGUCUGAGAGUGGAGAUAUACCUUCCCUCAAGGUCGGUGAGAGUUCUACUGCGACCUCGAAUCCGCCUGAGAACCGUGAUGCACGGUUGGAGGAGGCUGAGCAGGAGGCUCGGCGUGCUAGAGCUAGGGAGUGGGCUGCGCAACGCCGUACACGACAAGGACAAACUUUGAGUAGAGUUGAAGAUCAGUCAAACUCCUCAGAUUCGUGAUAACUGUAUGGUGACUAUAUUUUUGUUUCUCGGAUACAAUGUCCCUUGAAUCUGAAACACGGAUCGCUGGAAUACACAGCAUUUGAACCCUCU